AUGUUGAACAAAAAACCUCGUCCACAUGAAUCAACACCAACUAAUACUAAUAUUAAAUUUAAUUCUAAUAAUAAAAUAACAUCAUCAUCAUCAUUAACAACUGAUCGUCAAUUUAUUUUCUCUCCAGCUCAAUUAAAAUAUGCAAUAUCUAAUAAUUUAUCAUGUUUUUAUAUAAAAUUUUGUCUUGAUGAUGAUCGUGUUCAACAACAAAAAUUACCAUCUGCCAUGGAAGUGGUUUCGUGGAUUCGUCAUUUGAUACAACAACAAUCAGCUCAAUCAUUUGGUGACUUUUCUCUUCUGGUCCCAGCAGGUAAAAAUCGUUAUAAAGUUGGUGUUACUACAAAAAAGGACUUUUUGUUGCUUUGGAACUGUAAGUGGCCGAAAGAUAUGAAUAAAAUUGAUAUUGAAGUAGAAAGACCUAGAGUCUUACCUGAUUCCUGUGCAGUAGUUUUACGCUAUGUACCAACUGAUUUACCAAAGGAAUUCGUUACUCAGGAAAUAUCAAGAUCUAUAAAAUCAGCCAUACAAUUUUCAAAAAUUAAUUAUCAUCGCCCUAGAUCAACAUUUGAUUUUAGAUUUUGUAUCACAGAUGAAAAUGAAUAUGAAGAGGUAUUAAGUACUGGCCGUUUAGCUAUUGGUCAUGUACUUUUACCAAUAACUGCAUUAAUACCUGGUCUUAAAAUGACUUAUUGCAAUAACUGUUGGGCGUUAGGUCAUACUCGAUAUCAAUGUAAAAUAAGUCCACGUUGUCGAAAAUGUUUAGAUUUAUGGAAUGAUAAUCAUAUAUGUCAAAAAGCAGUAUUAUGUGCUCAAUGUCAAGGCCAUCAUGGAUCUCUUAGUAUGGAAUGUCCAGUAGUUUUACAUUAUCGUCGUACUUUAAAAGAGGAAGUUAACAAUGCAGUUAAGUAUGGGUGGCUAAACCCGGUCAAGGUGGAAAAUAAAGGUGCUUGGGUAAAGGAACAAGCAGCACCAAGUAAUUUACAAAAUUUUCAAGGAACAGACCAAUUAGGUGAACUCGUUACACAGGUGAAAAUGGUCUUAGAAGGUACACCAAAUACUAUGCAACAAAUGAUCAAUGCAUCUUUAGAAAAGAAAAACAAGCAACUCCUACUACAAAAGAUCGUUCAACAACUUGAAGAUUUUAAAGACGAUUUUAUAGGAAAACUUAAUUCUCUCUCCAUUGAUACUGAUCAUCAACAACAACAAUCUAAAUCAACAUCAGCAACUCCACCUCCAAUUCCCCUUAAUAGACCCACAGAUCAAACAAAAACAUUACCAACUAACAAAGGUAAAAACGUUCUGGUGGAAGAUGAGCAGUUGAUGGAAAUAACCAAUGGCUAG